AUGGCUCUCGGUAUCCUCGAACCAACCGUCGAACACGUCCCCGGUACCGUAUAUGUCUAUGAUGUCGAUCGACGACAGGCUGAACUGCUUGAGACUGCUCAGAACCUGAAGAAAGAUAAAGCAGGGCGUAUAAUUCUGGUGCCUCAACCAUCAGACGAUCCAAACGAUCCCUUGAACUGGCCUCUCUGGCAGCGCGACCUCAUCCUCGGUAUCCUCUGUUUCGUGUCGUGUCUUGCGACUACUGCCUCUCCUCUUCUUGCGGCUGAUUCAGUCACUCUUGCUAUACUUUUCAAGCAUACUUUUCAGGAUGCUGCUCUCCUAACCGCCUACCACCUGUGCGGCGUUGGUGUCGCAGGAUGGCUGUUUGUGGCCUCCGCAAGAGUUUGGGGCAAAAGACAUCUCUUCCUUUUAGGAGCCCUUCUGAUGGUGGCGAGCUCUGCAUGGGGCGGCUCGACGCACAUGAAACAUAAUUACACCAGUAUUCUCUGGAGUCGAGUAUUUCAAGGGGUAGCCCUGGCGCCUUUUGAGACACUUCUGAAUGCUUGUGUGGGCGAUCUGUACUUCGUGCAUGAGCGUGGGCCGAGAAUGGUGGUCACGAACACCUGUCUAUUCGGGGGGGCGUUUCUUACCCCAGUAUUCGUGGGCAUGAUUGCAGCACAUAUCGGGUGGCAGUGGAGUUUCUAUAUCCUGGCCAUAUCUAUGGCGCUGGGCUUCCUGUUGCUCUUCUUUUUUGUGCCUGAGACCGCCUACCGGCGUGCACACUCUCUUGAUCUCGAUAUCCUUGCACAAGACUCGGCAGAGGAGUCGUUGCCACAACAUCAGACCCCAGGCACCCGGGAAUUGGACGAGAAGUCGCUACCUUCGAUGAGUGUGUGGAAUACGCCUCCGUCAAAGGUGUCCUGGACAAGGAGGUUAAUGCCGUUCAAUGGACGCAAAACGGACGAGGAUUUCUUCAAACUGCUCCUGCGGCCAUUUCCACUGUUUCUCCAUCCCGCAGUCGCGUGGGCAUGUUUGAUCCAAGGCGUGAUUAUUGGCUGGACGGUCAUGGUCGGGGUCAUACUCUCCCUCAUCUUCUUGGGUCCGCCACUCUUUUUCAACGAGGAGAAGGCCGGCAAAAUGUACACCAGCGCAUUCAUCGGCAGCAUCCUCGGACUUGUCCUGGCUGGCCUGUUCAGCGAAGUGAUGACCAAGUUUAUGCUCCGCCUGAACAAGGGAAAGUACGAACCGGAGUUCCGCAUCCUGCUCGUGCUGCCAACAUUGGUCUUUUCAGCCAUUGGCCUCUAUGGGUUCGGGAUCACCGCUCAAGAUGUUGCACGCUAUGGUUGGAUUGUUCCCGACGUUUUUCUUGCCUUUAUCAUCGUCAGCAUGGUCAUGGGCGCCAUCGCUUCAGCGCAAUACCUUCUAGAUGCCCAUCGUGACAUCGCCGUCGAAGCCUUUACCAACCUGUUGAUUUUCAAGAAUAUCUUCUCGUUCAUCUUGGCCUACAAUGCCUACAACUGGGUAUUUGCGAUCCGGAUCCAGCAUUUAUUCAUCAUAUUCGGUAGCAUCGAAAUCGCCAUCUGCUUGUUGAGCAUUCCGAUGUAUGUGUACGGCAAAAAGAGCCGGGAAUUCUUCCAUCGGCACGACAUUCUGAGCAUGACAAAACUGAGGUAG